GUUUAUCCAGUAGGCAGCAAGAGUCAGGACUCCACUCAGUCUACAGCAGUGGUGGAUUGGACAGACUACGAUUCACUUCCAACAACCAAGAUGGGCAACUCUAUUCCGAAAGGUGAACCUCUGAGAAUUGUGAUGAUUGGAAAAACGGGGGUGGGGAAAAGUGCAGUUGGAAACACAAUUCUUGACAAACCAAAUGCUUUUAAAUCUUGUCCCAGUAGCUCUUCAGUGACUAAAGAGUGUCUGAAAAAGAAUGUUUCGGACAACAGGAAGAUAUAUGUGGUGGACACACCCGGGAUCUUAGAUACAGGAAAAAAAGCUGAAGAGAUCAAAAAAGAGAUAGUGAAAUCUGUUCAGCUGUCCUGCCCAGGCCCACAUGCCUUCCUGCUGGUGCUGCAGGUUGGAAGAUUCACCAAGGAGGAGCAGAACUCAGUGGAGGCUCUGGAAGAGCUGUUUGGACCUGAGUCCUCCAAGUACAUGAUCGUGCUCUUCACUCAUGGUGACCAACUUGGAGGUAAAACAAUACAAGACUACGUGCGUGAAGGCAGUCCAAAGCUCAGAGAGGUGAUCCAGCGCUGUGGCGGCAGGUACCAUGUGUUUGACAACACAGGGGACAAAAGCAGACAUCAAGUUGUUCGACUCAUCAAGAUGGUUGACAUCAUGGUGGCAGGGAACGGAGGAGGAUGCUACACUGAUGACAUGUACAGAGAGGUGGAGAGAAAGAUCAGGCAGCAGAACACUGAAAGAGAAUUGGCUGAACGUCUAGAAUAUGCUUUCUCCUUCAUCCCUAACCUCAUGGAAAGAGUUAUUCUUUUUCAAGCUAUCCUUCAGUUAGACAAUGAGUCAAGCACUUAAUCUCUACAGUGUCUCAUAACAGAAACCCUGCCAUUAGAAAAGUCUAUAAUAAAACUGUCCGGUCACAUUAGAGAUGCAGAAUCUAACAAGAACAGCAGCUAUUCUGUAGAUGUUAUUUCUUAUAAAUGUAUGCAGGAACAAGGCCGACUAAGGACCCUGAAUGACAUGAAUAAUAAUAAUAAUUACAUCUGCAAUAAAACAUUGUAAACCCCCAGAUCUGCUGUUUGAACCACUUCUGAGA